AAUUUACGUGGAAAAACCAACCAGGCAUCGUAUUAGAGACCGGAGCACAUCAUCCAUGCAAAAUUUAGAUUCAAGAAAUGAAAGUGAGACAAGUUUGAAUGAUGAUAGUAGUCCCCAGGCUGCUGCAAAAGUAUCUCCAUUAGCAAUUAGUCGACUUUUGUCACGCAGCAGGUCAUCCUUGUCUGAAGACCAACGUGAUAACAAUAAAUUGUCCAGGAGCCCGAGUGCUCAAAGAAGCGCCAGUGUUGGACCAAAAAGUUCUUCACCUGCUUUAAAAUUGUCUAGCACUAGUCAUCUUUCUGUUCCCAAAGCGUCUUUGAACGACGGAGUUAUUUAUCUUCCCAAGGAAUACAACCCUGCAUUAGCUUUAACCAGUAUCGAACAGUUUCAUAGUUUUCUUUCGAAAACAUUUCAUGAAGAACAAUAUAAACAUUUAGAAGAAAAUUUUUCAGCUUUUUCUCUUCAGGAAGGAAGAGAAGAUGUUAGAUCUGACCGUUCUGUUGACGAUUCUGUCAUACAAAACGCAUUUACCAACAGAUAUUUUUCAGAAAACGUGUUCUGUAAAGCAGGCAACAAUUAUGUUGACUGUUCUAAUAGGUAUUCUAAUUAUAAAAAAUACACGUCGCGAAAGCAGAAAAAUGAAAAUCAAAUAAUUUGCAAUUACGGAGAAAUAAUUACUGCUAGAAAAGUGAGAGAGUUACAAAUACUGGGUUGUUUAAUUGUGGAAAUAUUCUUGGGGAAACAGCUGCGUACAUUCAAUAGAAAUAGCGGAGAACUGUCUUUUCCCGACAGGCUAAAAGCUUGUGUAACAGUAUUAAGAAGUUGUAAUACUGAAAUUCCCAUUUGUAUUAAUUACCUUACUAAUCUCCUUUUGCAACCAAGUUGUACAAAUUUUAGUAAUUUUAAAUAUCCUACUGUAACCGAUUUGGGUUUACCCCCACCUAGUCCACAUCUGCUGUUAGAACCCCUGUUACAUUGUGUGAUACCUUUUCCAAAGCCUUUUUUCAAACUUUACUAUCUUCUAUCAUCUUUAAAAGAUUUUACUGAAGUCUCCCGUGAACUAGACAUCUUAUACCACUUUGUUUGUGACGGUCAAAAGUGUUUAGAGUAUGAAAAUAUUGAACGUACUAAAAUCUUGUUUGCUCAGAAUAUUGGCGAAUGUAAAGUAAAGAAAUGUGCUAGAAAUUUAGAGAUAUUAAUGAAAGAUCUGAAUGCAACAACAGACUUGGAAGUCGUAUGUUUACUCCUACCAUUCGUCAGAGAUUUACUUGAUGAUCCUUCGACCUCUGUGCUUGCAGCUUGGUACUUGUUUGAUCCAGUUGCAAGUAUGUUGGGUCCUAAAAAAACAACUGAAAGUUUUUUAAUUCCACUCCUUAGACUGUACGAAAAUGAACUGAAUCAGUUCACCAUUCCUUUUUACACAAAAAGUGCUAAAUUGUACCAUCAUAGUUUUUUGUUGCGUCUUAUUGUACGUUUUGGUUUGAAAACAUUCUUAAAUAACUUUAUGACCGCUUUAGUAGAAGGUGUUGGUGGAUACAGAGAUAAUGAUAAAACUGAUUUUAUUUUACACACCCACGUACAAAAAGCCUUCAGAAAAUGCUCUAACUUAAGAUCAAUGGACUCUGAGGAGAACAACGAUAUUUCUCCUGACGAUAAUCCUAGCAGUUCUUCUGAGAAAGUAAUCGAUAUUGUUACUAAAUCUCCGACAAAGGAGAAGCCUGCCCCAGAACCUGAAGUUUUCGAGUUUGAAAAUGAUCCAGACUCAGACCAGUGUUACCAGUCUCUCAUAGAGCAGUUAGAAUUAAAUAUCUAUUCCGAAUUGCCCCUUAAUCAUUCUACAGCUGAAGAGGCUUUAGAUGCAAGUAUUGCAGAAAACGUGGAACAAUUGCGGAGCUUGGAAGAACUCAAUCUUAAUUUAACCGACGGUGACUCUACGAAAGAAGAAGUGCAGUCACCCACAAUCCCCAUCCCUUCUCAAAGCGUUGCUAACAUACCAUGCGAAACAGGCAGUAAGAAAAGCGAAUGCGAAUACUUUUUAGACAAAAAGUCUAAUGAAGUAAAGUUUGAUCUGGACUCCUCCAGUUCCAAAUCGUUCAAAUUAGAUCGUAGCAAAUCUUCGGAUUGUAGCCAAUCGAUUUCCAGCGGUUCUUUUCUAAGUGAACAUACGAAACAUUUAUCCCAACUCAGGAAAAGUGAAGGAAAAAUAUCAGAAAUGAGUGCUGACAGUAUUAUUUGGUUAUCUCAUCGAUUAGGGCCUGUAUUAACAGCGAAAUAUUUAUCCAGAAAUUUGCUCAAAAUGCUCACACUGUGUUAUGUAGGAAACGAAAAUUUGGUAUUUGUACGUAAAGAUAGUGGUACUAAUUAUAUGAACGAUGGUACAGAACUUAUUAGUAUCGCUUCCAGUAGAGUGAUUGGUGACGGAAAUGCGGCCAAAGUUUUAGAAUGUUUAUCCCAUAUUGCAGGAUUAUACGGUGAACAAUUAAUACUUCUUCAGUAUCUACCUCACAUGAGCGAAAUGAUUAAUUUAUGUAAAAAACGGCUUACACCAAAUUUGGAAGGCGGGCUUAUUUCGUGUUUGGCUUUGUUGCAACAUAUUAUUCCAUAUUUGUCUGAUUCUAUGCUGAUGAAUCAUCUACAGGACUUUAUUCUUAAGGGUAUAUUGCACCCUAUUAUACGACUUCUUGGUACGACAAAAUACUGCUUUCCAAGUAGUUAUACUGCUCGAGAUAUAUUAGCACGGAAAUAUUUAGACACCCUGUAUCUUUUAUCGUUGCGUAUAGGCGUGGAAAUGACCAGGGAACAUCUUAUGGUUCCUGCUUUGCAAAGAUUUUUUAUGAUUUUUGACAAAGCAGCUGGUACUGUAACAGCCACAGAGAAAAGUGAGAUGAAGAAUAUUUUGCCAAAAGAAAGCAGUCCAUCGAAAUCAUUGGAGGAGUCACAUUUUAUUGAAGUAAGACGUGACGGUAGCAUAAUGGAAUGGGCUAUAGGGGGCACUCCUAUAAAAUUUUCCCAUAUUGACGAUGAUAAAAUAGUCGAAAGUCUAUCCCCACUUCCUACUAAAGAGGAUAACUCAUCCAAUUUCAACGAACCUCUUAAUCAGGCCCUUCAAGAAUUGCGAUCUGUAUUCACCGCUGAGUUAGCCCAUACAGCUUACAUUCCAUUCCUUAAACAAGUUGGUCUGUCCACUUUGACUUCGACUCUGCUAAAUCACUCGUUUAUUCGUAACCUUUGCGAAGAGUACGAGCAAGAAGUAAAAUUAACCUACCCAAGUAUUAAUCAAAAUAUGACGUUCUUAAACUCAAACACUUCGGACAUCUAUAAAACAAAUGCUUCAAAAAGCAGUAUAGGUAGCAACGUAGCAUUAAUUGGCAACAGAAUAGACGUUCAAAAUGAAUCAGCCCGAUCGAAUAGCGUGGACAUUCUCAGUUUAGUAAGUAACAAAAUGGAAAACAGCACAAGGCAUUUGAGAGGCAAUUGGCUCGCCUAUUGGGAACACGAAAUAGGAAGAUCGGAUAAGGAUUUAAUGUUCAACUUCAAACAGAUCCGAUUGCAAUGCUUCUCUGGGCACAACAACAGUGUCAAAUGCCUUCAUGUUUUAGAUAACGAAAACAGUUUCAUGAGCGGCAGCAGAGACAAAACUGUAAAGUUAUGGUCUUUAAGGAGCCAAGGGGAUGGCAGUAGUGUAUCGACGUGCCAAUGGACUUAUACAGCUCAUAAAAAGUCGAUCUUGGCCAUCACAUUUUUAGAAAGUAUGAGACUGGCUGCUUCGUGCGAUAGCAUCGUUCACAUAUGGGAUCCUUUUAUGGGCGUUAAUAUUGGUUACCUAGAAUCUUCCAAGUAUCCUCCAGUUAAUAUGCUCAGAUGCAUGCCUUCGCCCAGUUCAUUACUGUAUGCCACCACCACUGAUGGUACAGUUAGAGUCAUUGAUGCAAGAAUAUGUUCUUAUGUCCAUGAAUUAAAGGUCAGUGUAACGCCUGGAGGUUUGAUACGUUGCCUUGCGAUUGCCCCAUCCGGUAAUUGGGUAGCCACUGGCCAGUCCUCUGGUCAGAUAACCGUUCUUGACGGAAGAACUGGCUUAAUAAUUUCUUCUUGGAGAGCUCACGAAGGUGAAGUUCUUCAACUAAUCGCUCUUAACGAAAGCACUUUGAUUUCCAGCAGUCUAGACCAAGUUACCAGUGUAUGGAAUCCGCAAGAUGGAAAGCACAAGUUUCAGAUGAAGGGAAAUACCGAGCCCGUCCACUGCCUUCUACACUACAAUAACGAACUAAUAUCGGGUACAACAGCAAACCGAAUAGGCGUCCACACGUCGAUCGACAGGGACGCCUGUUUUUCGAGUACAAAGUUACGUUCAGAUGCCUUCAAAGGUCUACUUACGUCCAUGGCACUUUUGCCUUUAAAUCGCCUCUUACUUUUAGGAGCUGACAACGGAAACAUUACUUUGUUAUGUUAAAAAAUUCGAAUAUAAUAUCAUCGCAAGCGUGAAAGUAUUCAACGAAGAGCGUAUGACUAUUAUAUAAUAUAUUUAACGUUUCGCUGGAAAUGAUGGUAUUAAAGUGGGGAAUAAUAUUUAUUUAUUUAUUUCGUAAUAAUUUAUUUAGUAAGUGGUUUUUAUUAUGAUUUUGAAACAAAUUUGCGUCGCUGUAAAGCUAAGCUGAGAUUUUAGUCCUUCCCUACAACCCCAUGUGAUAGUUAAUAUUUUUUAAUUCACCGGAAUUGGAAUAAUAUUUGAUUUGUCUUUUUUUAUAAAUUACCUUAUGACUUAUGACAGAGAAUAAUGUUUGUAUUUAUUAGUUUAGCGCAAUAUCAAACUAGAUACAGGUCACAUUGUAAUGAGUAAUUUAAAAAAUAAUAGAAAAAUAUAAAGUAUUCACGGUUCUAAUUGAUCUGCUUUUAAAACACAGGAAAAUGGCCAAAAUGCAAAGUAUUUACUAUUUUUUUGUUAUACUUAUUCUAGAAAAAUUCUUAACAAUAAUUAUUUACCAAUCAAUAUACCAAAUUAAAACCCCGCAGUAGUGCAAUUCUAUAGUCAAUUUUUAGAUUAGUUGUACAAUUUCACGUUUAUUGUAGAUACAUUUUUUUCUUAUUUUGUAUAAAUUUUGAAACGAUUAUGUUACUACGUGUAAGUAUAUAUACAUAUAUUUUGAAAAAGAUAGGACAAUUUAUGUAUCCAUUAUUUAUAAAUGAUAUGUAGAUAAGGGCAAUGAAGAAUGAAUUUGUUCUCUUGAAACUGAAAUAUUUACUUUCAAAUGAAAAUACUUUGGAUGAUAAUCUUACAUGCCAUGUUAAUUUGAAAUAAGCAUCUGUACUAAAAGCAUACUCCUUUAAUUUCUGUGAUAGUUUAAUCCUGUGAACGACAUAUAUCGGUAUUUAUUUUUAUUACCUGUUUGGGUGUUCUGUAUAUUUUUGUGGUAUUCAAUUGUCAAAUAUUAAUAAAUCUAAAAAUAAAAGUUUCUUAAACAAC